AAGAGAUUAAGCGGAGGUGGGAUUUUCCCAUUUUGCUGAAUUCUGACGAUGACAAAAUGAAAAUUGAAGUACACCUUUAGGCAAUAGGUCUCUUCACUUUAGGUCACAUGCUGAUCUUAUAACGGAGAGUUGGUGGAAAAAACAGUUAAGGCUCCCCCACCCGACCCAAAACUCACACCAAACACACAUUAGAGGUGUGCAUCAUAGAGCUUCCCGGACGGUUCACUUGGUGUAAAGGCAUGGUUUUAUGCAGAUAAUACUACUGGGGAAGGAUUUUGGACCGAUUUAACUGAACGAUCGGAAAGGAGUUGGGUUUCACCGCGGAUGAAAUAAGGUGAUUUUGAGGCAGGACAAGACGGGCAGAGUCGUGGUAUGCUAGGGCGCUUGCAUGGUUCCUCGAUGUACAAGCGUGGAACAUCGACAGAUAACAUGGAUUCCUUUGACAUAGAUGACAAUUCUGCCCUUCUGGAGAAUGGUAUGGAACAAGAGACUUCAACUCCCUCCUGGAAGCUUUCUUUCCCACAUGUUCUUGUGGCAACAAUUGUCUCGUUCUUGUUUGGCUACCAUCUUGGAGUAGUUAAUGAACCGCUCGAAAGCAUUGCUUCGGAUCUUGGUUUCAAUGGAAACACAUUAGAGGAAGGUCUUGUUGUAAGUACAUGCCUGGCUGGUGCUUUUCUUGGAUCUCUUGCCAGUGGCUGGAUUGCUGAUGGAGUGGGGCGUCGAAGGGCAUUUCAGUUGUGUGCAUUGCCCAUGAUAGUCGGUUCCGCUCUAUCGGCGACAACUAGGACACUGGUGGGUAUGCUUCUAGGAAGAUUUUUAGUUGGAAUAGGACUUGGUGUUGGUCCACCUGUUGCAUCUCUUUACGUGACAGAGGUUUCUCCUGCUCAUGUACGGGGUACUUAUGGAAGCUUUAUACAAAUAGUUCUGUGUUUUGGAUUGAUGGCAUCUCUUUUAGUUGGAAUUCCUGUCAAGAGUAUCGUUGGCUGGUGGCGGUAUUGUUUCUGGAUAUCUACAAUACCAGCUGCUCUUCUUGCCCUUGCCAUGGUGUUUUGUGUUGAAUCUCCCCAUUGGCUUUAUAAGCAAGGACGAAUUGCUGAAGCUGAAGCUGAAUUUGGGAGGAUUUUUGGAGUUCCACAUGUCAAAACUGCAAUUACAGAAUUGGCUAAGAUAGACAGAGGUGAUGAAGCUGAUAGUGUAAAUCUCAGCGAAUUAAUGCUCGGUCGACAUUCCAGAGUUGUUUUUAUUGGAUCAGCCCUAUAUGCUUUACAACAGCUAUCUGGAAUAAAUGCUGUGUUUUAUUUCUCUUCAACUGUAUUUAGACGUGCUGGAGUAUCGUCGAACCUGGCAAAUGUUCUUGUAGGAAUUGCAAAUUUAACAGGUGCCAUUAUUGCACUUAUACUGAUGGACAAACUGGGAAGGAGAAUCCUUCUCCUUUGGAGCUUCUUUGGCAUGGCGGCAGCAAUGGCUCUUCAAGUUUUUGCUGCAAGUUUGCCUGGAUCAACCUCUGGAAGCUUUUAUUUGUCUAUUGGAAGCAUGUUGAUGUUUGUCUUGACAUUUGCCACUGGAGCUGGUCCAGUUCCAAGUCUUCUCCUUCCAGAAAUAUUACCAAGCAGAAUUAGGGCAAAAGCUAUGGCAUUUUGUAUGUCAGUCCACUGGGUGUUAAAUUUCUUUGUUGGCUUGAUGUUCUUGCCGCUGCUUGAGCAAAUCGGACCGCAGCUAUUAUACUCCAUUUUUGGUACUUUCUGCCUGAUGGCGGUGGUUUUUGUGAAGAGGAAUGUUAUGGAAACCAAAGGCAAAUCGCUUCAAGAAAUUGAGAUAGCUCUUCUUCCACAAUGAUCAGUGACAACCUUGUUCAAGGUGGCUGGAAUUUCGUAGACCUGUGGUUUGUCGGUCCUAGUAAAAUCUGCCAGGGAUCUGCUGCUGGAAGUUUGGCUCCUAUUCUUUCUGGGUGGGGGUUGAUAAUUUCUUGGUUCAUGGUUAUUCAUGUGUAAUAGGGUCCCAAUUGGCCAGCUGCUGGUACUCUGAAAGCUUGCGGAAUUUUAGCACUAUUUAGGCCGGAAUUUUGUUGGUCUAUAGAAUUAUAACUAUAGUGUAUGUUUGAUGUUAUGGACAAAUGUAAUAAUGGAGGCAUACUUUGAACUUGAAAGUUGCUUGAACUGAAAAA